AUGAGCGACAGAUUAGAUCAGAGAGUCUUGCUAUUUGCCGAGGACAGAUGCAAAACCGAGAAGAUCUCGUCAAACACCGUCAUGACCACUUUCAAGCAGAAGACGGAUGAGUUUGAUGCCAAAAUGACGACUAUCCGUGCGCGUCUAGAAGUCAGCCGCAAGCUGGUGUCUUCAGAACAUAGCUGUUUUCUGCCUGCCGUGGCUACAAGUCCUACACAUCUAUCUACUAGAAGUAAACAUUCUUUGUCUUUAGAUCAACUUAAACUUCCUUUGCUACGACAAAUUAGUGUCAAGCGAAGAUCAGAUGCAUUCCAAAAAAUUCAACUUACCAAGGUUAUAAGUUCGGAUAUAUCAUCUGUCAGAGAUGCUGACGCAUUAGAACAAGUUGAUGCAUACAUGACAAGGAGAAAUCAGAAUCAAAGUGGAAAUCCCCCCACAAGCACGGUAGCGUCAUCUUUUGAUGAUGUUGAACGGCGUUGUGAGGAACAUACGCCAAGAAACAUGUCGCGACCAGAGUCAACCGCUUUUAGCAUCGAUGAGGAGAAAGUUAGCGAUACUGAAAUUAACUCUCAGUUUAUGGUGAACCUAAAUACAUCUAGCAAUGUUCUGCCUAUGGAGAUUGCUGCCAUUGAAAACGAUGUGCACAGCUUUCGAUCAAUGCAGCGAAUAGGAUCUUGGUUAGGUAUGAACGAAGCAAAGCGAAACAUGCCUAUGCUGGCUAUUCAAAGCGGUUGUGAAGAUCGCUUUCAAGUAGCAGGCACCGCAGAAAGGCUUAAUGUUAAUGAUAGCAGCGUGAUGAACAAAAUAUUUCGAGAAGUAACUGACUGCGAUAUUGCAAAUUCUCGUCUGGAGUGUAAUGCAUCUUUAUGCCGGGAGUGGGUGCUGUUUGCACGGUGUUCACGGAAAAGAGCCGACAAGUCAAGUAACUAUGCUUCUGUGCAUUUAAAAAGUAAUACUGGACUUGGUUGUUUGCGGCGCCAUUUCUACAUUUCUUUUGAGGAAAAACAACAAAUGAUUGAGUGGGUGCAAACAAAAGAGUCGCGGCUUGAGAGAAAUAUAUUGUGCGUGAUCAUUGAGCGAGAAGCGCUGAUAGAGCGUGUGCAUCGCUUAUGUAACGAAUGCAUGGCUCAAUAUCAACAAAAUAUGGUAGCAGAAACGGGAGAUAUGAUCAUGAAACUUCUCACAGAAUUAAGUCAUGUCCGCUUCUUGACUGUAAAAGUCCUGGAAAAUAUCGAUCAAUGGCGACGGUAUGCACGAAAGAUCGGGUUCGCGCGCUAUGACUCUCAGCUUAACCAGGAGGAUAUGGCUAACGUAGUUAGUGAGAGAGCAGCGUACGGGUGGUCAGUGUCUAUAACGUUGGAUACGGAAAAGCGACUCUAUAAAAGUUCUAAAGGUUUUGUGUCAAAGACCAAACGCUUCUGUCGGAGUAAAGUGAUUUUUGGCAAACCAGAAAAGCAAACGAUAUAUCUUGGAUACUACGACACAAAAGAAAGUGCUGAGCGUGCGUACGACGAACGCGCGGCAUCGGAAGCUCGAAGAUUGAACCUUACAGUCAAGCAAAUACCAUGUCGACGAAAUGUGUUUCGUUCUUGUGGUAAACAUUUCGCAGUGGAAAGUGAAAAGGGGGGGUCUAGCUUUUGCAUCGAGUGCAUGACUAAGCUUUCGGCGUCUUCCUCGCCAUCUAUGAAUGACUGGAAACCACCGUUCUUUUUUGGCUCAAAUGGUAAUUAUAUCAUGAAAAUGGCAAAAGAUUUAGACUUUUUGAAUGAUGUAAUUCCUUUGAAAAAGGCUCUUAACAACGGUCGUGGUAUUGAUGAUGAGGUAUUUCCUGUGUGUGGAAAUGUACUUUUGUUGCACAAAAUUCCGAAUCAGGAUCCAGAUCUUGCAACUUUUACAACGUUUGUGACAUCUUCAGCUUGUCAGCCAAAGUCUUCCAUUCCUGGCAUGUCCAACAUUGGUGAAGAAUUUCAAGGCCGAAAGCGUAUACUCAAAGCUCAGCAACUUUAUCUUCAAGAACUGCAAAUAUACCAAUCUGGUCUGUCCACCGACUCGGCUAAUAUGAACAAGAUCGAUCAAAAUUUACAAAAAGAUAAAGCUAGCGAACCGUCAGCUUUGCAGUAUCGGCUUGUGGAGGCGUUGUAUUGGGAUCAUUGUGCCGCUUUGAAGAUACCACAAGAGCGAGCGCCACUAGCGAUGCGGCAGCAAAAUAUUUGGUGUCGUCCGGAUGCAGGGGAAUGGUCUAGCCUUCUUAUCAGAGGAGCACACCAACGACAUUUCUUGUUUGAAAACAAGCUAGAGAAAGCGGGAAAUGAUUUAAUGCAGAAGCGACACGCACUUCUAAGAGGCUUACGCCGGCUACGUAAAGUUCCACUAUAUCUGAUUCAGUCUCGUACAAGUUUUAUCAAGCUCAUUGCAGCAGGUCAAAAGUUACGUGGUGACGUCUUGCAGCUCGAGAUCAACAAUGUGACAAAAAGGUUAGAUCAAUAUGAUUUAUGGUGCAAAAAAGCAUUGUUGGUUCAGCGCAUGAUUCGAGGCGAGAUUGGACGGCGAAAGGCUCGCGCGACAAAGGCAGCCUUUCAUCUUGCUCAUAAACUACGCGUUUACUACUAUAAACAGGUUGCUAGUUUGGCGAAAAUGUUUUACGAGUCAGAAAUUCGGACAAUGGCAAUUCGCAAAGCUAAAAAGAAAAUUUGUACGCCAGUAUACAUUCGCGUUGUGAAGAUGGAUGGUGAGCUUGCGAUUGUGACCUUCCACUCACUCCGACAUUUCGAUUUUUACUACGUGAAUGAUCAUAAAGCUGCAACGAAUAGUCAUUCAAUAAUGUCAUCUUCGUGUUGUUUUACUUGCGCGAGAAGAUUUGACGUGAAAUGUCAAUAUCGGGCUCAAGAUAGUAAAUUCGAAGUUGGAAGAGAAGUUUGCACGUGCUUUCUGAAUGGUGGAAGCAAUUCCAAAGAUGUCCAGAAUCGCGAAAGCUGGCUAAUCCGUGCAUACAGUCCGUCUCACAAUAAUGUUUAUCGACUGCGACUAGAAUCGACGCAGUUACAUCGACUGCUCUUGUCAAUAAAACUGAAUCUGCACAUGUCUUCUACUUACCACCCGCUUAUAUCAAAUAUGGAGACAAAACUUCUAAAAGCAGCAGCAGCAUCUCGCUAUGCAGAUUUUUUUUCUAAAAAAGCAAAGUCUGCUGUUAAGACUCUUUCAAAUUGGAGGCGGAUACAUAGCGAUGCAAUCGAUCAACGAGAGUCUCUCGCAGCAGAGCUAAAAAGGAGUUUAACGCUGCUUAACAGUUUGAACUCUUUUCUUGCUGUUUCCAUCAGCGAUACAAAGCGAGCUCUUGAUUAUACAUAUCGUUCUUUUUCAGAAGCUCAAGCGUGGGAUCAAUUGGAAAAUGCCAACGAUCGAACGUCAAUUCUUCAAAAACGUCAAUUGACCAAGCGCAUAGAGGAAUGUCGUCAAGAUGUGGAGCGUCUUCGCUACGAAUGCUUUAAAGCUACGUACAAUGAGCAAUACAUCCAGGCAAGGGUCCUUAAAUCAAACGAUGACUACAACCUCACUUGGUAUCCGUUAAUGGAACGAUAUUGUCAAGCUGCAGAAAAGGCCUUAUUCGUGAGUCAUUCAGCAAAACAACGUAUGGAAAGUGUCAUGGCGCAUAUUUGUCAAAGCUGCUUGACUUUGCGCGAUUGUAAUAUAGUACCGAUCCGCCGUAACCUCAUUCUCCAAAACCCUACAUGGAAUGAUAUGGCCCUGCCUGGAAUAAAUAUUCCAGGCUUGCGUAAUCAGCUAACGUAUUUGCGAAGACGUACGAUAAAGCUAUCGAGCGUGGCAACUUUUGCCCAAAAGACUUGGCGCGUGAUGAUUACAGUAAGCAUGUCUUUGAUUGUAAAUUAUGAUUCUCGCACAAAAAGAGAUUUCUGGAUCACAGCUUACGACCCUGUGGAUUGUUCAGAGCACAAAAUUUUUCUUGAGUAUGAGCUUCUUCAGCUCGUGAUUGGCCUAAGCGGCAGGAAGUUAUGGUACUCCUCUAGUCGAUCCAAGCGUAGCAUAUGGCGUGCAACAGCAGAUAUCUUGAUUUCCAUUGCGAUGCUAGACCGUUUCACGGGAGAAUUUACUUUACAUAAGUUAACUUUCUUCCAUAUGCUGCGUGAGUUAACACCGCGAUUUCUCUCGAGUAAGGUCAUGCAAGAUUUGCAAAAAGGCCGCAAGUGUGGACAAGGAGACAUUGUUUUGCGGCAAGCAGCUGUAGUCGAUAAAAAAAUUUGUAUGGUUGUCGUGUACGAGAAUUGGGGAGAUUUGACGUUUGCAAUAUACCACACUUCAAGCGGGGAUAGCUAUCGCUUAUCUGUGCCACUGAGCCAAGUUUUUGAUCUGUUAAGCCAAAAACCUUUGAUGCUUCGGCUUUGGAUUUGCUGUGUCAAGUCCAAUUCGUACUCUUCACUCACAUUGCUUUAUAUUCUUAAACAUGUAAGAUUUUUCCAGCGUGAUAGCGGUCGUGAAGAUGUACAAAUUGAGCUUCUAGCACAAGAAAAUAUAACAGUUUAUCAAAAGGUCCGUCAAAUCCAAAAGCGGAAAGUUCUCGUCAGUAUCUUAGAAGAUAGGGCCGGUGAUUUUCAGAUAAAUGUAUAUGAUAUGAGCAGCGAGCUUACGUACAAGCUUUCGAUGGAACGCGAAAGCCUUCACCGUAUUCUCAAAACUUGUGACGUACCGACGUUUUCUGAAUUUCAAUCCAGAAACAAACUCGCCACGUCAUCUUCUGCUCUGUUGCUAAGCCGCAAUCGGGAACUGCUUUUCAAAUGGAUGUGCAGUCGACUUCGAUUCCGAAAUAUCGCGGAGCAUCCAAGUUGGAUAUCUUCUGAAUCUUCAUCGUUACUAUCUGGUCUUCAUUUACGUGAAAGUUUUCAAAUACUGAAUCGAUGGAUAGCCACUAGUUCACGAAAUCCUAUCCAAGCCGUAUCUGAGGCUGAUAUCACUCGAAGAGCAUUGGCAAUUGAUGCAAAUGCUUUUUCUAGUUUGCUGUUUGAUCAAUUAACAAUGAUUGCGAACCCGCAUCUUCCGUUUGAGCUUGACAAGCAGUACGUCGGGACGAUGGAUUGGAUUGAAGCGGUCGCGGCAUCAUCGUCUACUUCCCAAGCUUGGAAGAAAGAGCUUCCAUUUAUGCGUGUGGACUUUUUUGUGGGAGCGCACAAAUUGUUUGUACGGUUGCGAAAGGAAUUGGAACUCGAGACAAAAGAGCGAAAAAGACGAGAGACAUGGGCAGAUAUGGAACAGGAGGAUCACGAUGCCCUUAUUCUCGAUAUUUCAAGGUUGAUGGACAAAUCGAAUGCAUUGUUAACAAGAAUGCGGCAUAAACUUUUGGACCUUCGGACAGCAGCAACAAACAAAAUUGAACAAUGGAACUUCGUUCACUUACAAAUAAGGAAAAAUAUAUAUAGUGCGGAUAUGGAAAUCAGUACAGAUGUCGUUUCGCCAUUUUUUGAAUCUGUGCGCAUGUUUCGGGAAGACAACAAUUCUGUCUUUUUAAAUCUUGUAAAUCGUUGGGUGCCUACCCCAUCGACGGAUCUGCAUACCUUUAUCUCGCUUGCUAGUCUAGAUCAUUUGUGGUAUUCUACUAAGGCCGCUGCAAGCUUGCUUCAAGCGUGUUUGAAAAAAAUAGAUCUUGACUUUAUACCGACGCUCUGCAAGUUUGAGUCCAGGUUUAACAAAAUAUCUUACCGUGAUAGAUGUCUGGAAAAGCUAUGGAAGCAUAGAAGGCAGAUCUUACAAUUGUUUGGAUCUCCAAAUCGUCCUUCGUCUGUCUCCACCGCACCAAUCGAAACGAAUGGUGACGCGACAAUGAACAAUGAAGCCGACGACCAAACCAUGCAUCUUGACAAUCAAAUCCCUCCUGCAAGGACGACAACGAGCAAUAUGAUAAAUACAGGACUAUUGAUCCCGAGUAACAUCAGCGAGCCAAUCAUAGAAAUUUUUCUCACAGAAAUGCCCUUAUGGGCUCCAUCAGAAUCGUUUUCAUAUGAGGUCUACGCACAAACCCUAGUAGACAAAUUGAGCCCAGUUUUCAACCAGCAGUGGAGGCAGCAAAAUUGCUGCUCUCGCUUUGGUCCGACUCUUUCAGAUGAAACUUGCCAUUUAACUUGUAAGCGACUACCAUACGGUAUUCUAGUGUGCGAAAAAGUUGAUUGUGAAGUUUUAUCCCGAGAUGAAAUGACUCAAUACAAUCCGCGUGGUGCAGCACUUACAGGCAAUUAUACAAUUUGUGGGCUUGCCUUCUUUUGGCCCUUACAAAUGCACUGUGGAUGGAAUCAGAGAAUACUUGAUUGUUCCCAUUUCCUUACUGGGUUAGUGACCAGCUCAAAAAUGUUCGCGCCGCAAAAAAAUUCACUUGAACAGCGAAAUAAAGUUCGUUCAGCGAAAUAUCUUCCCUGGAAACAGUUUGCUAUUAAGAAACUUCGAAUAUCACAGGCCGUGAAGCGCAAUCGGACCCAUGAAGUUAUGUGCAUUGAUUCGCUGAAUUACGAAGAUGAGAUGGUAGAGAAGGACAAACGCACGGUCACUAUCUUCACGAUUGAAUUCCAGCAGCUACAGAUUUAUCUUGGAGAGUUCACAAUUGAAAAUUUCCGUAGCGGUACCAACGUAACUAAGUGGAUGAAACAUUUUUUUUCGAUGCGACAGGAGCUAAUUCGAAAUGGUAGCAAACACGAAAAAAAUUGGCGCAUAAUGAAAAGCGAUAUGCAAGUGAAUUCAAAUGUACUCGAUCUCUGCGAUUCCUAUGGAAAUGCCAUUCGGAUCCCAUGCAGUCAAAACGACGGAUUUAUAAGUGGAAAUCAUUUAGGCAAACAGUGA